CUGCUAUACUGUCUGGCAUUCCAGUUUUAAUGGCUUUAUGGCCGUCCAGACACAAUUAGGCUGUUUCCAGAAUGGCACCCAUUUGUUUUUUCUUCCUUUUCUGUGAGACUGCGCCCUGGACAAAAGGCCGAGCGGAAAUGAUCAGCUUUAUUGGAUUCUUCCCGACGGGGACGCGCAGGACUCACGGUCAUUUGGAGAAGUCUUUUGUCUCUACCUGGGAACCUUCCGCCCUCUGCUCCUCUGUUAGGCCCGACCUAAAGGAGAAGGAGCAAUAAAGCCAUCGGCUGCUUUCAAACACAGUGUGUUAAUCCCACUCUGCAGUCCUGCGCCAUAAUGAAACCACGAUCCGCCCUCUGAUUGGACGGGAGCGGCCAGGCCGGAGUCACGUGGGUGAGUUCUUUGGUCCAGAGUAAAAAUGGGCUUUGGUGUAAAUCUCGGGUGUAUUGCUGUCAUAUAUCACACUACCUCGUAAAAACGACACUGAGGAUUCUGGGCCAACAAAUCAGAGAGAAAAAAUAUGAGUUCUUAUUAUAUGGACGGUCUUCUUAGCAAAUAUACGGCGGCUGCGUCCCUCUUCUCAAACGUGGAGCGUGCGUCCUGCAGCAUUGGACCCGCAGGAGAGGACUACGGCUCGGCUGGGACUGCUGCGUUCGCUCCAUCCCUGCCUGGAGUUUACAGCGUCAACAAUGCAGUGUACCAGAGCCGGCCUGUGUUUACCUCGGGCAAUGACGCACAAACAUCCCACUCUCUGCACUGCAGCCUGUUUGACCAGAGCCGCCUGUUCCCCGACAGCUGCUGCCAUCCGGAGCCGGGACACCUCGCUCUGCCUCCGGACAAACAAUACCGGAUGUACCCCUGGAUGAGAGCAUCAGAUCCGCACAAAAAGCGGGGCCGCCAGACCUACUCCCGGUACCAGACCCUGGAGCUGGAGAAGGAGUUCCACUUCAGCCGGUACCUGACCCGCAGGAGGAGGAUCGAGAUCGCUCACACCCUCUGCCUCUCAGAGAGACAGAUCAAAAUCUGGUUCCAGAACCGCAGGAUGAAGUGGAAGAAAGACCAUAAGGAGGACCCGAGUCCUGACGGGGAAACGGAGGGUGAAACACUGGCUGCGUCAGAGCGCACAGAGCCCGGAACCGGAGACAUCCGGAGCGCUAGAUCGGAGACUGAAACACCUGCAAAAUAACGAAAGAGACAAAAUGGACACUGAAAAACUAAUAGAUAUUAAAGAGAUACACCUGCAGUUUUAAUUGUAAAGAAUGUUUGUCAAGGUUCAUGCACUUUUAAGAGCUUUGAGGAUGCAGAGGAAGGCAACAUUAACAAACAUAUAUAUUUCACCUUCUAUUAUCUAACACUAAAAACGCACUCCUGCCUUUUUGUAAGCAACAGGAGAUGUGAUGUAACCUGGUUGUACUACUGAAGCAACAUUCCUGAGCAUAAAACUACCUACUAUUUGAAUACUAACAUGAAACCACUGAAGCAGGAUGAUUAUAAAGAACUUCACACUACCUAUCUGGGUUUAUUCUCCAAGAGACGGUCGUAUUAUCCUAAUUGAAUGAUAUAUCCUGUGCGUAAAGGUGCCUUAAUAUGAAUAAAAUGCCAUUUUAUUGCACAAUUAUUAAAUAAAAUCCCUAAUACAUAAUUUAACUAGUCAAUCUAUUUUCUAAUAUGACUGCGUAUUUCUCUGACUGUUACCACGCUUAAAAAAAUCCCUCACACAUCCAGGAUUAAGUCAAAUAUUUGUUUAGUUUUGGAUGGACUCCUACCUCAGAUUCCCACUGCUUAUUACACUGUAAACAGGAAUAACCCAACGUAAAUAUUGUGACGUCUUCGUCCUGCUCUGUGAAAUAUGCUCUUGAGCGUUUUAUCAAGGUCUACAAAUAACAUCCACAAUUAUUUUACUUUGCAUAAAUGCAUUUCCCUUCAUUUUUAACCCAACACGUGCGCACACUGUGGUAUAUUUAGGCCCAGUGCCCUCAUUUCAAUGUGAAUCGUGCGUAAAAACGCGCGUCUUA